AUGCGUCCUCAUAAAUUCACCUCGACCCAAGAGUACAACACCUCGCUCGCUCUCCGUCGACAGUAUGUUGCUGAUGCCAAGUCCAAGGAGGCGCCAUCGUUCGCCGUUACUGGGAUCAUUCGUUCUUCCGAGCUCGAUGUCAGCAAGAUAGCCUUGUACGUCAAGCGACAGGGUCAGGCUACUCGUUCCGCGGUCGCUAGUUACGAUUUUCCCCUCUCGGCCGAAGAUGUACAAAGGGUCUACCACGCCGGGCUUCCUUCUCAGCACGGAAAGGGAAGCGAGACGGUCUACGACCCGACCUAUCGUCAAGCGCACAAGAUCAAGCCACCCUACUUUGCGCUCUCGGCCGACUUGAUCGACGCUUCCAAUGUCUUGAACACUCUUCCUACUACACUCAAACUCGAGGAUAAACGCUUGACGGCGAGGCUGCACAAGUUGAACGUCUACGCUACUGGCGGAUUCUUCAAGCCUCAUCGAGAGUGA